AUGCCCGGGGUCGUCAUUCACGGCCCAGCCUGGACUGGAGAUCUGAAGUCGCCAGGAAAGGCUCCCACCGGCUGCCGCUCCAGUCUGGAGCGCCCUGCCGCCUGCAGCCCAGCUGCCUCUCGGCCAGCCUGGAGUCUCCUCUCCAGCCCCGCACUGCCAGCUCUGACACCAACCUCUCUUAGUGUUUCAGUUUCAGUAGCUGCUGGUACUGAUGAGCAUAUGAGUAGCCCAAGGAAGCUCGUGAGUCAGGGUCCAGACCUCGAGGUGACUCAAGAACGUUUUGCAGAUUGGAUACCGGGGUUCGUAGCGUGCAACAGCCAGGCGCAGCCGCCCCCCGCGUGGUCAGCUGCGCAGCGCCUGGCAGACCGCCUCUGGGACUCCGAAGUGCCGCCGCUGCCAGCAGGAGGAGCGGCGGAGGGAGGGGGGUGCGCCGGCGCCCUGGCGCAGCUCCGCCGCCUCACUGCACGGGCAGCGCUGCCCGUGACGUCAGCAGCGCAGCCAGACGCCGUGGUGAGGCGGGGGCCGAGUGCACCGAGUGGAGCACUGAGGUCCGCAGAAAGUUGUCAGACGGCGGACCCCGGCUGUGCAAAUGCGGGCUCGCAAAAGAAAGAAUACGCAGCCUUUGCUGCAGUCACUGAUAGCUCGGUUAACUCGCGCCGGUCUUCCCUGACGCUUAGCACGAUGCCGCAGCCGUGGCGGCUACCUCGGCAUGCUGACUGCUGCGGGCCACCCCUCUGGCUGCCCUCCAGCUGCAGCGCCAGCACAGCUGUGGAGGCCGUGGCUGGCUGGCUGGGUGGGGAGCUGGCUGCUGGCUGCUGGCUGCUGGCUGCUGGCUGCUGGCUGCGGCCCCGCCUCUGCAGGUCUCCUCCAGCCAGUGGCCACGUGGGGCCCGCGGCGGCAGCUCGCCACGGCACUGCCCGGCCGACACGUGCGCCGCAGAGGCGUCUCGCGCACAGUGCUGGAGACUCCCGAACUUCCGCUGCGCCCGCCGUCAUAUGGAGCGCGCGCUCCCUGCGACGCGCACUGCUUCUGUUUGCUCCCCAGCGUCGACAGCGGACAAUGCAGCCGGCGGGCGUAAUUGCCACAGUGGCAGCUCUGCUUGCAGGAAACGGGACCUACUCGGUGCUGGAGUGCGUCUGCUGGCACACGGACAGACCCUGGACGCUCAGUGCCGGUGAAUAUGUGCUAUGGUCGCAGUACUGUCACCGUCCCGUAGCUGCUAGUACUGAUGAGCAUAUGACUAGGCCCUGGAAGCUCGUGAGUCAGAGUGCAGACCGCGAGGUGACUGAAGAACGUUUUGCAGUUUGGUCACCGGGGUUCGCAACGUGCGGCAGCCUGGAGCAGCCGCCCCCCGCGUGGUCAGCUGCGCAGCGCCUGGCAAACCGCCUUAGGGACUCCGGACUGCCGCCGCCAGCAGGUGGAGCGGAGGAGGGAGGGGGGUGCGCCGGCGCCCUGGCGCAGCUCCGCCGCCUCUCGUGGGACGAAUCCUUGGAACUCCUCAAGGAGCUCGACUGCCUGAUCGCUGACGACUGUAUCGACUCCUGCUCUGUACCGAGGUUGAACAACAUGGUAUGGAACAUGACAACGCUGCAAACGGAUGAUCUGAGGCAUAAUAUCCUGUCCCAGUCAGUGCAUGCUGUUCGACAAAUCACAAGAACCGUGGCCAGCAGAGUGCAUUGUGAGCGGUGGCGUCCAGUUGAGUUUGAGUGGAGGGACAAACCUGAACUGCAGGCCCAGGCGGCUGUUUUCCGGGAACGACUCUCCAGCUACUGGCGGGACUUUGCGCAGCUGCUCUCACUCGGUGCGACGCACGCCCCACAGCUGUUGGUUCCCCUCGCAUUCGAACGUAUGGGUAACCACGCAAGUGAUCAGCAACUCCACGGUUGGAUUAAGGACGUGGAACGUGUGAAAAACAUGCUGCGCACGAAAUUAACCGGAUGUGUACAGGACAUGCAAUCAGCCAGCAAACAGGUGGAGCACUACGAGGUGGAAGAAGACAAGGACGGGCCAGGGCACUUGAUACUCAGGCGGCCGCUGUUGAGUGAACGCCUGCUGCGCUAUCAGCCGUGGAGCCCCUCCUUUGACGACGACUUCAGUGCGCUGUGCAAGGAGCGGCAGCCAGAGGCGUCGCAAAUGUUCAGUCUCGCUGAUGAACUGUACGCCUUCCAUCGUGUCUACUGGUACACUACAGCUGACUACAUCGAUUCAUUCUACGAAUAUUACUUCAAGAUUGUAGACGAGGAGUGGCAGCUGGAGGACAGAAGCCACGAUACGCUCUCCGUGGACACUGACUGCGUGCAGCUGUUGGUGAACGCCCUGGACCACCCCACGUGUCCGCUGGAAGACCUGCCACUGGAAGCCGUGAAGCAGCGCGAGCGGUGCCGCGAGCAGCUGUGGGACGACGUGGUGCAGAGGUCGCCCCACAUACCCGUCACCAGCUACCUGGCCUACACGCAGAGGAUAAACGUCAACCUCUGUCUGCUGGCCUGGAUGGCGGUCAACUCGUACGGCAUUUGUCAGGACGUCCCGUUCAGUAUGGUACAGUCCGUGCACGAUGCUCGCUGCUAUUUCGAUAGUCCUGACGAUCAAUCAUGUCUGCAGUCGAACGCUACAGACGCCAUCUGCUCUGUUUCCAGAGCUAUUCUGUUGCUAAAGUGUCGCGAAUUUUCCUCCAUUAAGACUUCCCAUAAUUGUACGCGCAUUGAUUUCUCAUUUGGAGCGUACUAUGGUAUUAGCAGUAUACUGUAUCAAAAGCUAACAGAAGAAACACUGAACUACAAGAAAAGUUUAAACAACGCUACCUUGAAAUACAAGGAUUUCAAAAUAGACAGCUUGAAGCCUUUAGAAAUCUCAUUUAUACUGAUAAAUAUCAUUUUCCGUUUUUCGACUGCCGGAGUAUACAUGUACCUUCCCCAGUUACGCAACUUGCCUGGAAAGAUAUUCUUGUCCUUUCAGAUCACGUGCAUAACCCAGAUCCUGUGCUCUGAGGUCGUGUAUCGUAUGGCAGGCGUCCCUGACUUACCUACAGCAGUGCUGAUAGACAGCGCCCUCACACUUCUCAGCUGUAUGUGGCUGAACUCAUUCUGCUACCACAUGUAUGCUUGUGUUCGCCAUCUCAGGCUUCCUGACCAGCUACUACCUGCUGAAGUAAGCCAGUUAUUCCGUCGUGAGGUGCUGUGUGUGUUUAUACCGUGCAGUAUAGUAUGUGUGGCAGCUGUUGCUUUGGAAAAGACGAGUAAAUAUCACCUGAUCCACAGUCGCAUAGUAGUCCUUGCAGGGAUUUCAGUGUCUGUGGCAUUCAAUUUGGUUUGUCUCGGACUGCUUGGAUACAUGUACCUACGUAAUCGGUGCUCCAUGCGGCAACUCGAAAUUGUUGAUAACAAGAAAUUUGCCACAAAGAAGCAAUGUCUUUUUAUGUCAGUUAAAGCCAUUAUAUUGAGUGGAACAGGAAUUAUUAUUAGAAUUGGGUUCCACCAGGCUCAGGGAAUAGCGCAGUUUGUCUACUAUAUGCAUCUAGUUACGAUGGUGCAAGGACCAGUGCUCUUCGUGUGUUUUGUUUGCAGUGGAACGACGCUCCCCCUACUGAAGAACAGGAUACUUCUUUGGUGGAACCCAACCAACAUCCCUGCAGGUCUAGAGCUGUGUUCGGCAGCCGAGAGGAAUCUGGCCAGGAGAAACAAUAAACAGUCUCCCUUUUCAGAAUCCUCGCUGUAG